AUGGAAGAAAUGAAUAUUACUGUCCCUUCCCUUCCAGACAAUCGAAGGAAAGUUGAACCACCUCUUGGAGGUCAUGAUCCUCGAACUGCAGUUCAGUUAAGAAGCCUCAGCACCGUUUUAAAGCGCCUCAAAGAAAUUAUGGAGGGGAAGAGCCAGGACAGUGACUUGAAGCAGUACUGGAUGCCUGACAGCCAGUGCAAAGAAUGCUAUGACUGCAAUGAGAAAUUCACCACCUUCCGGCGAAGGCACCACUGUCGACUUUGUGGGCAGAUCUUCUGUAGUCGAUGCUGCAAUCAGGAAAUCCCUGGAAAAUUCAUGGGCUACACAGGGGAUCUCCGAGCCUGCACCUACUGCCGCAAAAUAGCCUUAAGCUAUGCACACUCCACAGACAGUAACUCAAUUGGAGAAGACUUAAAUGCUCUGUCAGAUUCUGCGUGUUCUGUGUCGGUGCUGGAUCCUGGCGAGCCGCGCACACCAGUUGGGAGCCGUAAAGCUAGCCGCAACAUCUUUUUGGAGGAGGAUCUAACCUGGCAAAGUUUGAUUCACCCAGACUCUUCAACUACCACAUUGUCUGCACGCCUUGGGUCUGUCCAGGAGGAUGCAGGCAAGUCGCCAGCAAGGAACAG